CGCGGCUUCGCUUGGGAAGCACGCAGUUGAACUUUCAUCACAUUGCUAUGCCAUCGCCAUUGUCUGGCACUGCGAACUGGGUUGAGCUCCUACCGGCAGCACGCUCUUCAAUCGGCAUCAGCAGCUGAGAGGAAAACGCCUGGGGCCAAAAUUCCUUGGUUAGCAUCUUGUCGAAAUCCGUCUGGACAAUCGUUCAAGCCGCCUGGCGCAAGUUUAUCGGAGCCAGGAUGUCGAGCAGUGGAGCAGCUGCGUCUGUUCGGAAUCAUAUCACGGAGAUUACGGCUCCUGUGAAGCGCGGCCAGGAGAAGAAACGAGAAAGAUCAGCUCUUACCGCUUCUGCGGAAACUACGGUUGUCCUGCCUAAAGUGGAUCUGAGUAGGCUUGAGACGGCUGCGCUGAGAAGGUACAAGCGGCACUUCAAUCUGGUUGAAAUUGGGCCCAACUCGUCCAAGGAGCAGCUGCUCACGGCCGUUGGAAAGCAUUUCGUUUCACAGACUGUGGACGAAUGCAAGGUAAUUACGUGCUUCAUGCAGGCUGCAAAGAAGCAGAAGACAUAGUUGAGGCCAGAGAAGCUGGGGCUCUACAUGUUCUUGUGGCUGCUGGGAAACUCAAUUCACAGGCUGAGCAGUUUGCAUAUGUGAAAGAAUCGUUGUCAGGGACGGUUGAUGUGCGCGGGUACAUUUCUUAUCCGUUUUGAAUCUUUUUCUCCCUGCCAGUCCCUGGUCAUUCUUCCAUGAAGUGUGCAGGCAGGUCGUUUGCCUUUCUUAUUCAUCAAUAAUAGGGAAUGCUAUUAUUGAUGCUUCUGGAAAGAAGAAUGGCAGGAAGAGAAUGCAAGCUUAUUGGGUAGAGUUCGACGAGGCCUGUUGUGAGUGCUGGUAUCUUUUUCCAAUUCAUCGAUUGUCAUUGGCCAGGAGGGAGGCUGAUGGCUUUGGAGAGGAUGAUGCCAUUGCGAUGCUUAUGGUCACAAAACC